UCCAGGUACAUAAUGUUGAUAUUGUUCACUCAAUAGCCUGAAUAAGCAUAGCCAGAACAUAGAACAAGUUUUGAGAAUCAAAAACAAAAUGGCAAAGCGCGCAAGCAACGAGUUGACGACGUACGUCAACAACGCAGAUGCCUAUGUUGGCAGAGCCGUUGUUUCGGAGCUCACGUCCUUUUGUGAGGCUCAAGGUGUCGCACUCACGCUCAAAGGAACGGCGCUGAAUGCACCGGGACAGGGGUAAGACUUCGAUCGUCGUGUAUCUUCAUGCAUUUGUUUGUGUCACCAGAGCAACUUUUAGUUUCGUCCAGGUAUCAUGACCUACAAUUUGGUACAAAAGUACUCUCACUAUUAGCACGCAAGUUUGACUUUAAUUGAAUUAAUCAUUCUACAGAAGCGAAGCCGGUGCUGCGCGUCCGUCCGAUCCCAGUGUCGCAAAUAGCAUUACGGUAUUACCACGCGAUGAAGAGUUCAUGGCCAACGUUGUUGGAAGCGAUUUGAUCGUCUACGAUCUCUUUUGCGCAGACCUACCGGAAUUGGAGAGUUAUGGUUUUCCCGCAUCUAUCUAGGAGCUGUCCCGUAAGGAAAACACAGCUCCAAGAUCAAUCCAGAGGUGGAUCAAUAGGAGCUCUAAAAACGAAUAUUGCAGAAAGUCAAACUAGUUUCCCACAAUUGCAUAUUUGUCCUUGUUUCGUCGGUGUUGACAUGGGCGGGGACAAAAUGCGAGUUAGAGGAAUUACCAUCAGAGAAAAAGGUGGCAAUCACAGAGGAGGAAGGAGAACCACCAGCGCCGGCGGAGGAGAGGGAAGAGGUAGUUACCGACUAUGUAUUAUAGCGGUGUGUUUUUUGUACAAUUCUCGUCAUGAUUUUGUCAACCCUUCUUGUUGAGUUGUCUUUGUCAUACUAGACAUUGGAAGACGAGGAAAGGGAAGGAGAAGCUAGUUGUAGUUCACUCUUCCACUUCCUCAAAAACAUUUCUAUCAUGUAUUAUAGCGGUGUAUUAUCGUAGGUACAAUCCUCGUCGUGAUUUUCUCAACCCUUGUUGAGUUGUCUUUGUCAUACUAGACAUGACCCCUCUUAUCCAAUCGUAUCUCUUCCCAUUUAGGACUGAGGCAUCUUCAACACUUGUAACCCAGGGCGCAGAAGAAGCCGCACCACCCGCGCCACCAGAACCAGUAACAACGAAAUUCGCGCCAAAAACCCUUUCUGCUAGUGAUUUUCAGAAGCGGGUUUGCCCUGAUUCCGAGAUUCUACGACAAUGGCAGAGGAUUGAGACUCUGGUUACCUCUCUGAACAUCCGCGCCAAUCUAAGAGGAAUCGUCGUUACCACAGGUCUUCUUUAUGGUUGCGGAGAACUACCGCAGUACCAGCAGUCCUCGUGGGUGAUGCCUUCACUGUCCUUCCUGUUGAAGAACGCGUGGCAGCAGAAGGUGGAGGCUUUUUGUGUGAAAGAUACAAGUGAAAAGACGGAAAGUUAUGAUGGAACUUCGUUGCUAAAAACAAUGAAUGACAUAUCUGCCAUUCACUCAAAUAGAAAGUGGUAUACCACGUUGUUGUACUAGUACUCAGUGCGGUCCAAGUGGAGAAAGCAUGAAGAGAAAUGCAAAAAAGGACACACAUAAUUAAACAACAAAGUGCAUACCCGUCUAAGGACUGGGUAUAUCAUCAUCAUCGUCAUCAACUCCAACUAGUAGGCUUGAACAGAAUAAGUAAAACAUAAGUCCCAUGAUCGAUCUCCACAACAAUUUUCCAACAUCUUGACCAACCUCUUUCAUCCCCUCGGCGACAUCUCAAUCAAGGAGAAUUUUCUUCCUCUAGUCCACGUACGAGAUGCGGCUAAAUUGGCGCUGGAAGCAGCCUUUUUUCCAGAAGAAGAGCAGACGAGUUUCGACUUCAAGAAGGCUCCAGCAAUAAUACGACCGAAGGCGAGCAGCAAAUCUGUCUACGUCGCAGUGGACGAAAGCCAGUUGUCCUUGAAGGAGAUCAUGUCUAUAGUAGCUUAAGGGUAGGUCAAAGGUGCUUUUAUUACCGCUUUUAUGCCUUUAGACUAGCGGGUAGAACUCGUACUCGUCUGGGAAAUCUUAGGCAGCUGCUCGCCGAAUAGAUUCAAUUCGUCACGCCUCUCUCCCUUAGGAUGAGAAAGGCAUAACAAGCGGGGUAAGCGAGCACCAAGGGCCUACCUCUAAGUAGCGACGGAAUUUUGCGGCAGUGCACGAUCUUCGAAGAGUGAAGUUACCGCUGGGGUUCUACUUAGCGCUAGUUUUCAGACGUGUAGUUUCUGUUUUUUUCUCGAAAGAUUAAGAUUUCAAUCAAUCAGCACACCAGCACCACGUUCUUAGACUUCUAAUCGGAGCAGCACCACGUUCUUAGACUCAGAGGGCGUCCGAAAAGCCCUUUACGACUAUGAGGGUGGCGUACUUUAUGCAGGCGGCGAAGAGCAGGAGGAUGGAACUGUGACGCCCCUGCCAGGAACCGUAGAAUUGCUUAGAGCACAAACGGAGAAAGACUUUGACGAUUUGAUGUCGGCGAAGAGGGAGAUUGCGCUGGUGGAAAGUGGUAAUGUAGCUGAAGCAGGAGGGGACUUGACCUUUUGAUUUUAUGUGAUGUUUACGCUUACCACCGAUCGCCAUGAUGCCUUUUUCUCAAGAUUCAUUUCUUUUUUAUGUUUUUGAUGUUUGAGCAUGAGCUUCCAACUGGUCGUACUGCUGCUCAUGAUUUAAUUAUAGAUUCAUUGUGCAUUUUCUUAAGAUUCACGAGCUCGGAACAAUAGAACAACAACGUCUGUCCUCCUCGUCCCCACCACAAUUUCCUCUGAAAACAAAAACUAUCUUCACCGCCCACCUGAUCAGGCACCGCCACCCUUUGCAGUUCGGUGUGCCCCCUACUAGAGGAGAUCAAUCUGCGCCUUACGGCUUGCUCGAUCUGGGGAAGGAUUUCGGAGCACUCCUGCAAAGAAUUUGGAAAGGGGAUUAGAACGAUAGGCCAAGAAUAUUGUCAGUUAUGGUCAGCUUUCUUCCAUCAUUCUCGGCAUAUUGGUCCCCUUUUUUUCCCCUGUAUCCUUCUCGUGAAUAUUGUGAAAUACAAGGUAAAAGGGGUGAAUGGUUCUGGUAUUUGGUAACCUGAAUUUGAUCAUAAGGGAAAACAAGGGGUUAAUAAUUCAGAAGAGAACCCUUAGGAUCAAAUUCAGGCUAUACCAAAGACCAGAACCAUACAAGGGGCCAAGAAAAGGGGGGCCGAGAUGCAAUCGAGUCGCAGACUCUAAGUCAGGAGGUGAAUCUGAAACCGAUCCGAGCGAUGUUCGCAGGUCCUCCAGGAUCCUACAGUCCCAUGAUGGACGCAACUUCGAAGGAGUUUGCAGUGCCAAUUUUAACGUUUGACGGAAUGCAUUUGGCAUUGGCGGAAUGGUGCAAGGGUAAUGAACUUCUAAGACUGUAUAUUGUAACUUAGUACACACACCUCCGUUUGACGAGGUGGAGAUUAACAUAUUAUAGUACUUGUAGGUACAACAUUUUGUUUGCGAUCACUCAUUUUCAUCCCUUUCAUCUCGCUCUCUGCUAGUGGCUCCUACAGCCACCGAAAACCUCUACUCCCCUACUACAGCCAUCGAAGCCCCAGAGGAAUCAGAAGAUCCUGUAGUCGUUUUUUUGCGAGACAGGCUAGAUUUCGAGACAGGAGCUUGGAAAGUUAACGAGGAAAGUGGUGAGGCUGUUGUGACACUUGACGAAAAACGAAGCAUCUACAAGAAGAUGCUCCAGGUGCGCUUGUCAACGAGUGAAGCUAGAUAUCGUGGUUUCCUUCUAGACGGAUUUCCGACAAAUUUGGACGAUGCCAAGAGUUUGUUUGCGACAUUUGUCCCAGCAGUCGAAGCAGUAGUGGAUGAGGAAGCGGGUAUGACUUACUUUUAAUUGUGACAAGAACUUUGACAUUAUAUUGAUUGUGAUUUAUUUUAGGCAAAAAUCUAGUAGUUCUUCUAGCGAGAAGAUCCGAACGAGCCAGAUACGCAACGACAUUGCACUUCUAGUACAGAACGUGUAGUAGGCAUGCACAAUCGUAUCAUCUUCAACUUGACACAGGAGAAUCCAAAGAAAGAAAGCUUCUCGCCACGACCAUCACCGAAUACAACUUCAAUUACAGGUGGUUCCGACGCCGAGGCCGUGGAGGAAACGCCCUCAGAACCAGCUUAUUUCGAACUUCGGGAAUAUUUCCCCGACCUCUUUGUUAUCACCAAUGCGUCCGAAGGAAAUUCCAAAGAAGGCUACACCUCAGCAGAAGCCUGGGCCGACGCGAACACUAGGUUCAAAACGCAAUUCUUAGCACCGUAUGAGACCCUAGCUGAACAAAAGAAGGCUAUGGACGCCUAUGAAGCGCAGGUGGAGAGCAUCCGGGAGCCAAAGAAGAAGGAGUUAGUAGACGCAAAAGUAGCGGAGUUGAAGGAAGCGGCGAAAGCGGCUGCUUUACGAACUUGGUAAUAAUUGAAAAGUAUUCUCUUCUAUUUGUAGGUUACAUUGCAAUGACGACUAGCACAAUUUCACUUAAAACCUUGUCUUUGUCUUUCACAAAAAAGUAUGCGUCUCCCCCCCUUUUCCUCUCUUUCCUCCUGCCCCCAUUCAUUCCUCGCAGCCGAAGCAGAAGCCGCCGGCGAGGAGCCGUCGUCUAGACCCCAAAGUCCAGAAAUAAGCUACAAUCCGGAUGAAGAUGAGGAGCUGCAAGCAGCAUUGGCCGAGUACAUGGCAGAGCAACUACCUGACGGUCCUCCGGUCUUUGACCCAAUAGAGUAUCCGGCUAGCGAGUUUUUUACUCCAGGAAAUAAAGUGCUCCAGCAAUCGAACUCGUUGGUCGUCCUAAGCGGUGGAGCGGGCGAUGGAGAGGUAUGGAUGGAGGUGAAGAUGAUCUACAGAUUAAUAUUGAUUAGAAUCGGUCUCUUUCUACAUCCGCCGCGGUAUAGAAAAGUAGAACAAGAAGUCGAUGAAAUGAUACCGUAUCAUUUCAUCGAUAAGAUAGGAAUCUUCUAUUUCGUAUUUCAACGAUAAGCUUCUCCUGUAACAAGUAAAUACAAGCGAAAGCGUCUUCUAUGGUGCACCAUCCUUCUCCACCCUAGUACCUAUCUCUAACCGUCACCGACGAAGCCGCUCCACCAGCCAAGCUUCCUUCUACCUCAUCGACAAGGGAAAUCACUAGUACACAACUACAGAAACUUUGCGCAAAACUAGAGUUGGACCAUCUAUUCGCCGAUGGUAGUGCAGACGCAGCGAGAAUGUCACAAUUGAUGUGUCACGAAUUCUGCAUCGCCUUCGAAGCGGCGCAUAGCGGGGACAAAAUCUUCAACUUCUUUCCAACGGAGGAAGAGCUAUAUGGCAGCAGAAAAAGACUCAGACUUCUUCACAGAAGUUUUGUUGCUAAGUAGCAUAGUGAAUGGUUCUGGGAUUUGGUAACCUGAAUUUGAUCACAAUGGCAAGCAAGAAGAGAAUCCUUGGGAUCGAAUUCAGGUGACCGAAUACCUGAAGAUUACACAUAGUAAAUAGAUCUUCUCUUGUAUUUCCCGGCUCUUCCUUCACGCUUGUUACCAGGAGUUACUAAGUAGCAAAAUCGAAGACGAAGAUUGUUUUCAAGAUCUUUGAGAAAUGACAAAAUUUUCUCUUCGCUUCCCUCUCCUCUUCCUCCCACCUUCUGCUACCACCUCUCUAACCCGAACGUCUCGCCGAAGAGAAACGAAAAGCCGAAGAAGCUGCUAGACUCGCUGCGGAGGAGGAGGCUAGGAGACAGGCAAUCUUUGAGAAGGAAGAGAAAGAGACCAAAGUUACGGCCAGAAGAAAUCGUCCAUCUUAGCCAGCAUCUUUUGUCCGUUUUCUCAGGGGAAACGGUCACCAAGAAGAUGCUCUACAAGAUGGAUGUCUUCUAGCUCUAACAAAGCCGUGAAUGCAAACGAAAACACACGAUUAGCGAGAAUAGAGAGGGAAACAAACACGGAAUUGCAGAAUCUCAGCGUGCCGUUGAAGGAAUACAUGCAGAAACACGUUGUGCCGCAUGUACUACAACUGUUUAUUUUUACCCUUACUCUGAUGUUCUGAUUAUCUGCAAGUGGUUCAGGAUUCGAGAAAGGAGAUGACACCAAUUCGACUAGAGCUUUUUUGUCAGCUGUAAAGUCAUAGUCAACAACCCUGUCUCCUUUUUAGUCGAACUUGAAACCCUCAAAAUCACAGGUCGCCCAAGGUCUGCUGGAAAUGGCGAAGGUGAUGCCGGAAGACCCAGUUGAGUUUUUGGCGGAACAUCUCUUCAAAGUAGGUACCGAGAUUCCUCCUUUGCCGCAGUGAAAGCAGGACGAGGGCUCUUCGUUCAAGGUUUUGGGAUACAUUCUAGUUCUACAUGUUUCAUUUCGCAGUUAAUAUCCUUUUUUGCUUUGGAAAAUGGUCCAGUUACUCACCCUCCACCCUGGCUAGAAUAGAUGAUCAAUACAGAGAGAGCAGAUCGAUGAAAUUAGACACUAGUUGUAGAUUUUUCAUAGUCCAUCCACGGUGCUUGUUGUAAACGCAGGAGCAAAUUUCUUAUCGUCAGGCAAUACGUUGUGGUUGAAUUUGAAAGGAGAUGAUUACGACUUCCGAAUCAGACUUGAGACAAG